UGGUUUCAGGUAGUGGACUCGGAAGGUGGCUCCAUCUAUCCCUCGUUUGCCCUCGGAAGCGCCAUGGGCAGAUUCCUGAGAUCCCCUGCGUUGGUUGGGCUGGUGCUGGCGAUGCUUUCAGCGGGACAUUGCGAAGAGAGACCCGAAUCUAGCGCAGGGCUGAAGGAAAGGCAGAACCUCUUAAACCUGAUCAUGGAGAUCAUUCAGGAACUGAAAAAAUACCACCUGGAGGAGGACGAGGAGAACGGGGUUCACUACAAACAAGACUAUCUUUUGGACCGAAGAAGGGAAGUACCGGUAGUACCCGAUUAUGGAUCUUACUCAGAAGAACAGAGAGUUGAAAUAGUUCCUAGAGAUCUGAGAAUGAAAGACAAGUUUUUAAACCAUUUAACAGGUCAUCUUUAUUUUGGUCCAAAAUGCACUAAACACUUUCAUAGACUUUACCAUCAUACAAGAGACUGCACCAUUCCUGCAUACUAUAAAAGAUGUGCCAGACUUCUUACUCGGUUGGCAGUAAGUCCAAUGUGCUCGGAAGGAUAAGAUGUUACUACUAUCAAGGGAAAAAGCUAUUAUCAAGAACCAAGAGAAGUGCCUUGGAAACCAACAGGGAAAUUGAACUUACCAUCUUUGUAACAUAUUCCAUUGUGAACAAGAGAUUUAUUUUUGCAAGUUGAUAGACUACUUCCCAUAAAAUCUUUAAACAUGUGUUUUCUAUUCUGUCACCACUGUUUACAGAUACACAAUUUUUUUCCGGUAGUUUUUCCUACCAUAACAAUUUAAAAUGUUUCAUACUUUGAAGCCACCCUAUAUCAGAAGUGUUGCAUUGCCAAAAAAAAUCAGUGAAUUAUCAACCUCCCAAGUAAGAACAUGUUUCAUUUAGAGACGUCAUGGGACACUUUCAAGGAAGCCUUCCUGUGGAGAAGGUUACCUUUCUUGCUUAUGCAAUUCGAAGUGUUUGGUUACAAAUGUUUCAUAAAUCUGUUGUGGUGUACUCUUACCGAGUGCAAACUGCAUGCCAUGUGGAAGAGACAAACAUGUUUUAAGUAAAACUUGGAUUCUGCAUCCACUCAAAUGCCAUCCGUUUCCUGUACAAUAGAGGUAUGAACAUUCCAGCUAAAUGUGCAAUAUGUAAAUACUGUAAAUAACAUACGUAAUAAAGUGUUGGGUUUAUAA